AUGGGCGGCCGCAACAAGAAGCAGCGCGCGGGCAGCGCGGCUCAUGCGGCCGCCGCCGCCACCGCCCGUGCCCGCGCCGCGCAGGCCGGCGUGGCCGCGGCCGCAGAGCCCGGCAGCCGCACCGCCCCGCCGCGACCAGCGCCCGCCUCCAAGGAGCCGCGUGUCAAACAAGGUCCAAAAACUUACAGUUUUGGUUCAACAACAGAUUCCAAUGCUGCUGCAAAUCUAGAUAAAUCUGUUCUUAAGGUAAUGAUAAAUGGUAGUUUAGAGAAAAGGAUUAUCGAUGUGAUUAAUAACCAUAAAAUCCAAAAUGAGGACAAGGGAAUGAUUUCCAAAAGACUAACUGCAAAGAAACUACAGGAUGUAUACAUGGCUUUACAAAGAUUCUCUUUCAAGACUGAACACAUUGAAGAAGCAAUGAAAAAUACACUUUUAUAUGGGGGUGAUCUUCACUCUGCACUUGAUUGGCUUUGUUUAAACCUUCCCAAUGAUGCCUUGCCUGAAGGUUUUAGCCAGCAAUUUGAAGAACAGGAGCAGAAACCUAGAGCAAAAUUUUGUUCUGCUGUGUCAAAGUGUGGAAUUCCACCUCACUUAGAAGAUAACAAAAAGAAAGAAAAUGGCCCUGGAACUAAGGAAACAAAUGUGAGGAAAGAGAAAGAAUUGACUAUGAAGGAGUGGAUUUUGCAAUACGCCGAGCAACAGAGUGAUGAAGAGAAGGAUGAGUCUGUGAAAGAGACAGAUGAAGAAAAAUUUGACCCGAAUGAGAGGUAUAUACAUCUGUCUGCCAAGCUUUUAGAAGCAAAAGAACAAGCAAGCAUCUCCAAGCAAGACAAAGACAAGCAAGGCCAGAAGGCAGCACAAGAAAAAAUAAGAAAAAUUCAGCAAGAAAUGGCAGCACUUGAGGAACAUCCAGUAUUUAAUCCAGCUAUAAAGAUUUCAAACCGACAGCAAAAUGAAAAGAAAAAAACUCCGUCAUCUCAACCUCAGGAGACCACUUUGAACUUGAGUUUGCUUGAAAAACCUGAUGGUGCUGCAAAGGAAGACAAAGUGAAAAAGAGAGAUCCACUAGAUAUAAGAAAUUUUGAUUAUAGUGCUCGAAGCUGGACUGGUAAAUCUCCAAAACAGUUUUUGAUUGACUGGUGCAGAAAGAAUUUUCCAAAGAGCCCAAAUCCUUCUUUCGAAAAAAUUCCUGUUGGAAAAUAUUGGAAAUGUAGGGUCAGGAUUAUCAAGUCAUCAGAUGAUGUAAUGGCAAUGUGUCCUACAAUCGUAACAGAAGAUGGUAUGCAAGCACAACAUCUAGCUGCUACUUUGGCACUCUACCAUUUAACCAAAGGACAGUCAGUUCAUCAGUUGCUGCCUCCUACCUACCGAGAUGUCUGGCUAGAAUGGAGGGAUAUCGAAAAGAAAAAGGAAGAGGAAAGCAAGAUAGAAACCAACAAACCGCGUGAUACCUUUAUUGCUAAAUUGUUAAACCAACUGAAACAACAGCAGCAGCUACAGUCUGAAAACCAGCCAAGACUAUCUGAGGGUCCUGAAGAUUCCUGGGAAAACUUGGUUCCUGAUGAGGACUUCAGCAGUCUCUCCCUUGAGACCUCAGAUGCAGAUAAUUUGGAACCUUCAAGGAAUUUGUUUAAGAAGUUGCAGAGUUCCUCUAGAUACCAGAGGCUUCUGAAAGAGAGGCAGGAGUUACCUGUGUUUAAGCACAGAUACUCAAUUGUAGAAACUCUUAAAAAACAUCGAGUAGUUGUUGUCGCUGGUGAAACAGGCAGUGGGAAGAGUACCCAGGUGCCCCAUUUCUUAUUGGAAGACUUGUUGCUAGAUGAAGGGUCAAAAAAAUGUAACAUUGUUUGCACACAACCCCGAAGAAUCUCAGCAGUGAGUCUGGCAACAAGGGUUUGUGAAGAGCUAGGCUGUGAAUCGGGACCGGGAGGAAAAAACUCCCUGUGUGGAUAUCAAAUUCGUAUGGAAUCAAGAACAGGAGAAGCCACCAGACUGCUGUACUGUACAACAGGUGUCCUGCUUCGGAAACUUCAAGAAGAUGGUCUCCUGUCAAGUAUAUCUCAUGUUAUUGUUGAUGAGGUACAUGAAAGAAGUGUCCAGUCUGAUUUCUUGCUAGUUAUUCUGAGAGAGAUCUUGCAUAAACGCUCAGACCUGCACCUGAUUUUAAUGAGUGCCACUGUAGACAGUGAGAAGUUUUCCAGCUAUUUCUCACACUGUCCCAUUUUAAGGAUCUCAGGGAGAAGCUACCCAGUUGAGAUUUUCCAUGUUGAAGAUGUAAUUGAAGCAACUGGCUAUGUUCUGGAGAAGGACUCAGAAUAUUGUCAGAAGUUCUUGGAGGAGGAGGAGGAAGUAACAAUAAAUUUUACGGGUAAAGGAGGAAGCACUACAAAGCACCAGGAGUAUAUCCCAAUCCAGUCCGGAUCUGGUAUCAAUUUGACUACUUACUAUGCGAAGUAUAGCAAUCGUACACAGCAGGCUAUCUUAUAUAUGAACCCUUACAAGAUCAACCUUGAACUUAUUUUGGAGCUGCUUGCAUACUUAGAUAGAAGUCCCCAGUUCAAGAAUAUUGAAGGUGCUGUGCUGAUCUUUUUACCAGGCCUUGCUCAUAUCCAGCAGCUGUAUGAUCUCAUUUCAACUGACAGAAGAUUUAACUUGCACGACAGGCACAGAUUGAUAGCUUUGCAUUCUGUUCUUUCAACACAAGAUCAAGCAGCUGCAUUUACAAUACCUUCUCUUGGUAUUAGAAAGAUUGUUUUGGCAACCAAUAUAGCAGAGACAGGUAUCACAAUACCAGAUGUUGUCUUUGUAAUUGAUACUGGGAGAACAAAAGAAAAUAGGUAUCACGAAAGCAGUCAGAUGAGUUCCCUGGAAGAGACCUUUGUUAGCAAAGCUAGUGCUCUGCAGCGGCAAGGAAGAGCUGGCCGUGUUAGGGAUGGGUUCUGCUUCCGAAUGUACACGAGAGACAGGUUUGAAAGCUUCAUGGAAUAUUCUGUUCCAGAAAUACUGCGUGUGCCUUUGGAGGAAUUAUGCCUUCAUAUUAUGAAAUGCAGUCUUGGCUCUCCUGAAGAUUUUCUUUCUAGAGCAUUAGAUCCCCCACAGCAGCAAGUAAUUGGUAAUGCAAUGAAUCUUUUGAGGAAGAUUGGCGCUUGUCAGCUAAACGAGCCCAAGUUGACUCCGUUGGGUCAGCACCUUGCAGCCCUUCCUGUUAAUGUAAAGAUUGGCAAAAUGCUUAUAUUUGGCGCUAUAUUUGGCUGCUUGGAUCCUGUGGCAACUUUGGCUGCUGUUAUGACAGAAAAAUCCCCAUUUACUACACCUAUUGGUCGAAAAGAUGAAGCAGAUCUUGCAAAAUCAUCUCUCGCUAUGGCGGUUUCAGACCAUAUAACAAUCUACAAUGCUUAUCUGGGGUGGAAAAGGGCCCGACAAGAAGGGGGAUAUCGUGCUGAAAUGACUUAUUGCAGAAGGAAUUUCCUUAAUAGGACUUCACUGUUAACUCUGGAGGAUGUGAAGCAAGAACUCAUAAGGGUGGUCAGAGCAGCAGGGUUUACAGCACCUUCAACACAAUGUGGAGGGGAUGGAAAUGGAGCCACACAGUCCCUGUCUCUCAGUGAAAUAGCUCUUCUUAAAGCUGUGUUGACUGCAGGGCUGUAUGACAACAUAGGAAAAAUACUAUAUGCAAAGUCUGUGGAUAUUACAGAGAAGCUGGCUUGCACGGUAGAAACUGCUCAGGGUAAAGCUCAAGUUCAUCCCUCUUCUGUAAAUCGAGAUUUGCAGACUUAUGGAUGGCUGCUUUACCAGGAGAAGGUGAGGUAUGCCAAGGUGUAUUUGAGAGAAACUACUUUAAUAUCCCCCUUUCCCAUUUUGCUUUUUGGUGGGGAUAUAGAAGUCCAACAUCGCGAGCGUCUCCUGACAGUUGAUGGUUGGAUCCAUUUUCAGGCUCCUGUUAAGAUAGCAGUAAUUUUCAAACAGCUGAGAGUUCUCAUUGAGUCUGUUUUGAAAAAGAAGCUUGAAAAUCCCAAGAUGUCACUUGAAGAUGACAAGGUCUUAUACAUCAUCAAGGAGCUGAUAAAAACAGAAAACAGUAACUGAAAUCAGAAAUCAGUAACAAAUCAGAGCUUCAGUAAUUGCAGGGGAAAUACGCAUUCCAACACUAAUUGGAAGUAUUUAAAUUCUUAGUGUGGUUGAUCUCAGCCACGAUGGGGAUAGACUGCAUGAUUUUGCAUAGGAUCAGCCUUUCUUUUUAUCAAUUUUACGAUGAAUAUUGAAUAUGUUUAGCCUUUACACUAUAUUUGGUGCCAUUUGUCUUGACUGUAUGAAUGAUAACUGCAAGCAGUUUGUU